CUUUUAUCACUUUUUAAUUCCACCCAUUUUUUGAGUGAGAAAAAUGGUCGACCUUUCCUCCUUGAUAUCUUUCCCGGCGGUAAACAACUUAUUACCAUUAUCACUGACAGAAAACAUCACUGAUGGAGGCGGUCAAGUAAUCGAUAGGUGUUUCAAAAUACUAUUGGCUCCAGAAAAUCGAAAGAAGUUCUGGAUCGGUACAGCAGUGAUCUACCUUGCACUGGUUCGCUAUUUCCGCUUUCGCAGUAUCAAUCAAUUGAAAAGAAAAUAUCCGGAUCCAACAUUGCCACUUCGUGACUUGGAAGCCGCUGAAGAAGUGUUCAGUGCUCUAACUCGACGAGAGUUUCCAUUUCUUUCCCGCACAUCCCUCGAGCUCGCCUUGUUUCGUACCUACGCAGUUCCUACAAUCAGCAAUAUUCUGCAUAGUACCGGUCAGUUUGACAAAGAGACUCUCAAACGCGCAGAGGACACUGGGCUAAUCUUGGCAGAAACAUUGGAUGCCUACGCACAUAUUGAAGAAUUGAAAAGGAAGAAUCCAGACGGUGUAGUGUCUCAAGAAGAGAUCGAAGAGCAACGUCGUCGCCCAGAUAUCGCCAUUACCCGGCUCAAUGAAAUCCAUGGCAAAUACCCCAUCAAGAACGGCGAUUACGUUUAUACUCUAUCCUUAUUCAUCAUUGAGCCUAUAAAAUGGAUCAAUAAGCAUGGGUGGAGGAAGCUUGAGCCCCUCGAAAUAAACGCAAUUUUUCGCGUAUGGUAUGAUGUUGGUAUCAAGAUGAAUAUCAAGAAUAUCCCAGAAACGGUAGAAGCAAUGUUCGAAUUCAAUGAGGAAUACGCACAAGAAAACGUUUAUUAUGCUCCAUCCAACUGGAAAGUUGGAAAACCUACGGUCGAUCUUUUAUUAAGACGCUUUCCAAGUUUUGCCAAGAGCAUUGCAUAUACCGUGAUUCCGGCUGUGCUUGAGCCAUUGGACAUCAAAGGUUUUGGAUUGCAGCCAUCAAGUCCUAUGGUCGUUCGCAUGAUCGGCUAUACUCUGUACGUUCGCUCCUUCAUCGUACGGUACUUGAUGCUCCCCAGGAUCAAAGCUGUGUUACGCACACCCGUCAAACCAGACCCACAGACCAAUCGCUACAAGCCUCUUGUUGAUCUCUACGAUGAACCUGCUUAUCCAAACGGGUAUUGUAUCUAUGAGCUGGGUCCGACGAAAUAUAUGCCUACAAAAUGCCCUGUUCCCCAUUAGCAAAGACAAACCACAAGAGUGUAUUAUAAUAUGGUUGAUUACUACUAUAGCUCCGGCCUUUAUAAACUUAUUUUUUGUCUGUUCUUUGUAAAGAUGAACUAUUACUUGUCAUAAUUAUAGACACAGCCAAAUAAAAUACAUCUGUACUAUUAUACGCCAACUGCUGCUCGAUUAAAC